UUUCACUCUGUGGCAGACCGUCCUGGUGUCUUUUCCUCCACGACCAGACCCUCGAGGCCGAAGCUCGGGCGCCUGCGAGCUCAGAGAUGGUGGCGCCCGGGCUCACCGCGUGCCUGGUCGCACUCGCGCUCCUGCAGCUGCACGCACUGCGCGCAGCUCGCUUCGACGUGAUUGGGCCCACCGAGCCUGUGCUGGUCGCGACUGGGAACGAUGCGGAGCUGCCCUGCCGUUUGUCGCCCAACGUGAGCGCUGCGCACAUGGAGCUGGGCUGGUUCCGAGAGGCGCCCUCGCAGCCCAUGCUACUACAUCGGGACCCGCAGGGGCGCGCGCGAGACCCGGCGCCCGAGUUCCGCGGGCGCGUGACGCUGGUGGCCGAUGGCAUCGCGGAGGGGCUCGCUGCCGCGCGGUUGCACAAAGUCCGUACAGCGGACGACGGCGACUACAGGUGCUUCUUCCGGGACGCCGCGAGCUCCGGGGAGGCCACUGUGCGCCUCCGAGUGGCAGCCCUGGGCUCUGACCCUCACAUCAGCAUGGAAGUUUUAGAAAGCGGCGAGAUCCGGCUGGAGUGCACCUCUGUGGGGUGGUACCCAGAGCCCCAGGUGUGGUGGAGAACUCCCACAGGGGAGAAGUUUCUGUCCAUGUCUGAGUCCAAGAGUCCUGACCAGGAGGGUCUCUUCACCGUGGCAGCUUCCGUGAUCAUCAGGGACACCUCUGUGGAGAAUGUGUCGUGCUGUGUCCGCAACCUGCUCCUUGGCCAGCAGAAGAAAGUAGGGAUUUCUGUGGCAGCUCCCGACCUCCCGAGGCUGACUCCCUGGCAGGUGGCUGUGGCUGUCGUCCUAAUGGUCUUGGGACUGCUCACCAUUGGGUCCAUAGUUUUCAUCUGGAGACUAUACAAGGACAGAUUCAGAGAGAAGAAAAGUGACUUCAGCUCCAAAGAGAAACUCCUGGAAGAACUCAAAUCAAAAAAGGCUUCAUUGCAUGCAGUGAAUGUGACUCUGGAUCCAGACACUGCCCACCCUCAUCUCUUUCUGUAUGCGGAUUCAAAAUCUGUACGACUGGAAGAUUCGCGUCAGAAACUACCUGAAAAAGCAGAGAGAUUUGACUCUUGGCCUUGUGUGUUAGGCCGGGAGGCCUUCACCUCUGGAAGACACUACUGGGAAGUAGAGGUGGGAGACAGGACUGACUGGGCAGUUGGGGUGUGCAGGGAGAAUGUGAUAAAGAAAGGGUUUGACCCCCUGACUCCUGAGAAUGGGUUCUGGGCUGUGGAGUUGUAUGGAAAUGGAUACUGGGCUCUCACCCCACUCCGGACCCCUCUCCCAUUAGCAGGAUCCCCUCGUCGGGUUGGUAUUUUCCUGGACUAUGACUCCGGAGACAUCUCCUUCUACAACAUGUCCAACGGCUCUCAUAUCUAUACUUUCCCCGAUGUCUCUUUCUCUGGCCCCCUCAGGCCCUUCUUUUGCCUCUGGUCAUGUGGUAAAAAGCCCUUGACCAUCUGCUCUGUUGCCAAUGGGCCUGAGGAGGUCACAGUCAUUGCUGAUGCCCAAGCCCUCUCUAAGGACAUCCCAUUGUCCCCCACCAGGGAAGAACCUGCCUCUGGGGAUGCAGACACUCUCCACUCCAAACUAAUCCCUCUGCAGUCCAGCCAAAGGGUUGCUUAAGGAGAAUCCCAGCUGACGGCCUGCCUUUGUUCUCACCCUCUCUUCCAUUGCCCUUUGAGACUAUAGUGGCCAGCAUCCCCCC